GAAGGACCGAGCUUGUAUUUGGGACCAGUUUGUUUCUGGAAGGCAAGCGACGCAGAUGUUUGGCCACGCAAAUGCAUACAUGUUGGGCUCGAUGCGUGGGGGGCUCCCAAUUAUAUAUCCAAUGGCCUUCCCGCAUCCAUUCUGGCUCAAGACUGUUCGGUUCCAGCUGGGCCUUCGCAGUUUGAAGCAUACCCGCGCGCUCCUCGUGCAUCCUACACCUUGUGAUCGGUUCACCUGUCCCGCAGAUGGCCCGUUUCUUACUGAUGAUUGCCAGCUUUGUUGGGGCACGCGGGGCCGCUGGCCUGGGUGCGGUCCCCGCCGAUUCCAGCAUGAUACAGCUUGCGGCAGCGAUGAACGGGAGCAACGCCUCGCAGCUGACAGGAUGGGGAAUUCGACGGGAUCCGUGGGGGCGAUCCCCUACGCCUAAUCCGACCGCCGCUCAGGACUCUUGCAGCGCAGCCAUAGAUCUGUCCACAGUGUCCAGCCCUUACGUUGGUACGACAGUGACAGGCAUGAACACGCAUGCCACAUCGUGUGGUGGCAAUGGGAAUGAACAGAUCUUCUACAUCGAUGUUCCAUCCGGCUCCACAUUGAAAAUCGGCAUGUUCAGCAACACUUACGACAGCCGCCAUGAGACACGUUGGGGUGGUGCAUGCCCAGGUGCCAACCUUGUGAUGUGCACGGACGAUCCCGAUACCAUGCGGCACGUUUGGAAUAACAACCAAGGAACAGUGCAGCGAGCAUACUUCAUCAUCGAUGCAUAUGGGAGCGGCGCUGGAAGCUUCACUGUCCAGCCCUUACGUUGGUACGACAGUGACAGGCAUGAACACGCAUGCCACAUCGUGUGGUGGCAAUGGGAAUGAACAGAUCUUCUACAUCGAUGUUCCAUCCGGCUUCACAUUGACAAUCGGCAUGUCCAGCAACGCUUACGACAGUCGCCAUGAGACACGUUGGGGUGGUGCAUGCCCAGGUGCCAACCUUGUGAUGUGCACGGACGAUCCUGAUACCAUGCAGCACGUUUGGAAUAACAACCAAGGAGCAGUGCAGCGAGCAUACUUCAUCAUCGAUGCAUAUUGGAGCGGCGCUGGAAGCUUCACGUUGGUCUGGAGCAUCGAUUCCGCUGGCUUGACGACAACAUGCGCUACUCUGGAACAGUACAACAGCUGCGGCACUACAGAAAUCGCUCGAACCACGUUCACCGACACGACUGCAUGUGAAGAGUUCUGCGGAUCCCAAGGUGCGAGUUGUUGUGAGCGGCAGUAUGAUUCUUGGGCUUACGCCGCAGGGGCUCCUUGGUGCCCUUUUGGGCGCUGCACGGGGGCCCAGGGGGGGCCUCUCGGAGCUUCUUGGGGGCCGUCUGUGGGGCUGUGUGG